GCUUCAACGAGACCCUGACUUUCUACCGGCUGUUUUUAGCAACGAAAAGACGGUUUUAGACUGGUUUUUGUGUGUGUUUAUGAUUUUUUUCGAUCGGUUGUUUAUUGUUAACGUCACUUUAGCCUUUUAGUGUUGUUUGAUAAACACAGGAAGAUGAGUGAGGACGAGGAGAGACUCAGGGAAAUCCAACCUGAUCCUGUCUGUCAGCUGGACUGAAAGUGUCAGGAGAUCGAAGAUAACAUCCAAGCAAUGAGAAAGAUUCUUCUUCCUCAUAGCAUGGCAGAGAACUCAUCCAAGGAGAUUAUGUUUGAGUUAAAGAUUCCUUAUCGAUCCCUGGGACCUUAACAGAUCAUUGUGCUCGCAGAGAUAACGGUUGAAUAAUUAAGUAAUUCAAUCUCUUAGUAAACAAGGGUUGGACUCUUACUGAAACAACUUUUAACACAGACUGUGAGAAUAAAGACAGACUCACAAUGCCAGACGAGUCCAGAGCUUUGCAGGAUGACUCUGGGCAGGCGGCCUUGGUGCCGAACAUUGUUGUGAUUUCCAGUGAGGGCAACGGCAAAGCGAACACCUUGGAGCUUGAGGAUUUCAGCCACAAAAGAGACGGUCACAAACCAAAAAGCGUCACCUCAGAUCUUACUGACGGGAGCCAGUCAGGAGUUGCCGCUUCCCAGGUUGCUGUGGAAGUGGGUGAGGUGAAAACCGCACAUGUUCCUGAACCUCUCAGGGCUAUUUCUUUGACAAGGGGAGGGGAAGUGAAGUCACAGGGCACUGAUCAGGAGCCUCCGGUCAACUCAUCCAGCCAUAAGCUACAGACUGACAUGAAUCCUCAACUGCAAGGGAACAGCUCCUCCGACUCGGACUACGGCAGCGCCAAGUCCAGCCCCGGUUACGCCUGCAGCAGCUUUAGCACGGACCUCUACGAUGGAGAGCUACUGGAGCUCGAUAAAAGGACGUUAGAGAAGACAAGCUCCAUAUCUCCCAUCAAUCUGUCUGAGACCAGUUUGGAUUCGGACAAAGCAAACAAAAGUAACCUGGAUCUUAACGGGGACGACUCCAUGUGGGACAGGACUUGCACACCCAAAGACGAGAACUCCAUGAAUGGAAGUUCGCCUGGUUUGUCUGACGCUCCAACCGAAGUCAGCCGAACCAGAGACAGUAUGGUCAUAAUGUCCGAGCAGGACGACGAGGAUGAUGACGGACAAAGCAUCCAGUCCAGACGGAGUGUGAAGGAAGGGGUGUGUUGCUGCUACCAGGCCACCAACAGGGCUUUCAUGCGCUGCGUGGAGGAGACUCCUGCUAUGCUACCUGGGCUGGUGCUGUCUAUGAUCUUCUGCGUCGUCAUCAUUGUUGUCAUUCCUGCUACAGAAAGGGUUUCUCUAGGUAACUACGCUGAGCACGUCGGCGCCCUGGCGGUGGUGUGUGUGGUUCUCUGCCUGAGCUGCAUCUUGCUUGUGUGCCUGCCCUGGUUGGCCACUGUGAGGCGCUGUGGAGGAGCGCUGGCGCUCUUUGUCUGGGGGAUGCUCUACGUCACCGCCAUAGUCUUCAUCUUCACUGGGGGGCCUGUGACGGCGUGGGAACAGGUGGCGUUUUUCAUCUUCCUCUCUCUGAGCGUUUACACCGUGCUGCCCCUGUCUUUGGCCUGGGCCCUCAUAGUUGGCAUAGGAACCAGCCUUUCUCACAUUAUCAUCAUCAGCGUGUACGUCCCCAUCAAGAGUCCAAACACCCCACAACUGGCCGAGCAGCUGGUGGCCAACGCCGUGCUAUUGGUGUGCGCCAACUGCAUCGGGGUCUUUCACCUGUGGAUGACCGAGAACGACCUCAGGGCAUCCAAUAAGAAGAGAGAAGAGUUCAGCGCCGUGCGCUCCCAGAAGGAUGUGAUCAAAUACCAGCAGGAGGGGCUGCUUCUGUCCGUGUUGCCACGCUACAUCGCCGUGGAGCUGAAGAGCGAGGUCAUAAAGAAGCUGUCCAAGCCAAAGGACAACGGGGAGAACGAAGGCGGCAACAAACACAACUUUCACAGUCUUUACGUGCGGCAGCACAAGGACGUCAGCAUCCUGUAUGCAGACAUUGUGGGCUUCACAAAGCUGGCCAGCACCUGCACCCCCGAGGAGCUGGUGGCGGUCCUCAACAAGCUGUUUGGCAAAUUUGAUGACAUUGCAAAGAAGAACGGGUGUCUUCGUAUCAAGAUCCUAGGGGACUGCUACUAUUGCGUCUCCGGCCUUCCCGACCCCAUUCCCAGCCAUGCUAUUAACUGUGUUCAGAUGGGCCUGGACAUGUGCACGGCCAUCAGUGAACUGCGACGGGCCACGGAGGUGGACAUCAACAUGAGGGUCGGCGUUCACACCGGCAACGUGCUCUCUGGUGUGAUCGGCUCCCAGAAGUGGCAGUACGACGUGUGGUCAAACGACGUUACCUUAGCCAAUCAGAUGGAGUCUGGAGGACUUCCUGGGCGAGUCCACAUAACCAAGGAAACCCUGCAGCACCUGAACGGAGCGUACGAGGUGGAGGAAGGGGAUGGGGAAAGUCGGAACCCUCAUCUUAGCGGAAGACAGACCUACCUGGUUAUCGACCCCAACAAGCCAAACCGAACCACUCGGAGGUCCAACACGAAUAGCAGCCUCUCUGCUGGCGAGAACAAGCAGCGGGCGUCCGUCCGGAUGUCUCAGUACCUCCAGUCGUGGAAGAACAUCCACCCGUUCGCUGACCUGAGCAACCCUGAGAAGAAAAAGCCCUUCAGGCCUCUGAAAGGCGUCAUAAAGCGUCCACGGCUCACAUCCACUGAAGGGCACCCGUUCCCCGGCGGCCCCAACCGCCUGUCUAUCGAUAGCAGCAUAAAGGGAUCUCUGGACACCGUGGACUUAGCCGGGAGGAAAGCAAAGAAGCUGAACUGGUUGACUCUGUUGUUUAAUGACCUCAGCUUAGAGAAUCAGUUCCGCCUAUCGAAGGUGACGAAUCUGCACUAUUCAGUGAGCUGCCUCACUGUGAUCUUUGUGGCUCUCUUUACCGUCCAGAUGCUUGUCUCCGAAAAGAACUUUCCAAUGGCCGUCUCCUAUGGGGUGACUUUCCCAGUGAUGGUGGCACUUCUGGUGAUCUCUUUCAGUGCAUACAUGAAGAGUUUGCACUCCAAAUUGCCGUUAAACGUGCAGUGGGUCUUGAAGCUGUCGCGUAACAACACCGCAAGGGCGGCGCUACGGCUCCUACUAGUUAGUCUCUGUGUUCUCAUCACUUUGCUCAUGGCAGUCCUCAACUUUUACUUCGUCCCAGGACGUGAAUGCACAUCGGUCACUAAUGAAACUGCAUUACAGGGAUUGAGGCUGUAUACUUUCCCGUAUUACCUGUACUGCUGCCUGCUGGCCAUGCUGGGAGUGGUGGCGUUUGUCAGGAUCUGCUUCUCUGUGAAGGGACUCCUGCUCACCCUGGCUGUGGUGGUCUACCUUGCCCUCUUCCUCCACGUCUACGCCCAGAGCUCCUACUGCCUCGUGGAUCUGCUCUAUAAUGACACCAAGCCCGGGGUGCUGAAGGACCCUCAGAUCUUGUCUGGCAUAUGGCUGGCCAUCUUUUACAUCGUGUGCCUCCUACUUGCUAGACGGGAUGAGCUGACGUGCCGCGUCGACUUCCUGCUGGAGCACUGUUUCCAGACAGAGCGGGAGGAGAUGGAGACCAUGGAGAACGUCAACAGGCUCCUCCUUCAGAAUGUCAUGCCGCUUCACGUCGCCUCCUUCUUUAUGGGCAAAGCUGUCCGCAAUCAGGACCUGUACAGCGAGUCAUAUGACUGCGUGUGCGUGAUGUUCGCAUCCAUGCCGCAGUUCAAAGAGUUCUACAACGAGAGCAGCUCCAACGGAGACGGCCUGGAGUGUCUGCGCUUCCUCAAUGAAAUCAUCGUGGACUUUGACGACCUUCUCUCAAAGCCCAAAUUCUCCUCGGUUGAGAAGAUCAAGACGAUUGGCAGCACUUACAUGGCAGCCGCAGGACUAAGGCACUGCCCUGUUGGAGAAGAGCAUAAGAAAGUCGACAUGACCUACUCUAAUGUCCGCACCAUGGUGGAGUUUUCAAUGGCAAUGAUGAGCAAACUGGAUAAAAUCAACCAGCACUCUUUCAACAACUUUAAACUCCGUAUUGGAGUAAAUCACGGCCCAGUGAUCGCAGGAGUUAUUGGAGCCCAUAAACCCCAGUAUGACAUCUGGGGGAACUCUGUUAAUGUUGCCAGUAGGAUGGAAAGCACAGGGGAGCUGGACAAGAUACAGGUGACAGAGGAGACGUCCCAAAUCAUCCAGAGCGUGGGGUACGAUGUCACCCUGCGAGGAAAAGUCAACGUGAAGGGGAAAGGAGAGCUCACCACCUACUACGUCAAUACCGAUCAUUCGACCCCUCAGUUCUAGUCAGAACCUGGACCCAUUUAAAACAAGAGCUGCACACCGACGGCUGGUGAUUCACACUGCAGCCAGUCAUUCUGGUUUUCACAAUGACAGAAACACAACCAGAAGGAGACGCUCACACCAGACGCUGAUUCAGCGAUUAAAAGGAUCGCAGAGACUUUUUUUUUGUUUUUUUUUUAAGAAGCUGCCUUUUGUCUUCUGGAUGAGACGAUAAAUACAAUCCAACCUAAAAAAAAAUAAAUAAACCAGCUGGCAUCCGGAAGGAGAAAGCUUUCUACUGAUGGACCUCUGAACACUGUGGAUCAUUGCUUACACUUUAAAAGCCUUUAAAGGAAGAAAAUCACUGAUUAGAGACUUAAUGACCAAAUGAAAUUCUAGAAAUUAUUGUUGAAAUGUUCCCAUCUCACAAAAAAAUGAAAGAUGUUUAACAUGUAUUAAAGAUUAAAGGUUAUUUUUUUAAUUAAAUGUCUAGAUUAGGGGGGGUUACUUUAUGGCUUAAAUGAAUUGAAAUGCACUGGAUACCUAUAGAAAUUGGGCAAAAACAUGUUUCAUUCCAAAAAUGUUUAUUUAACCUGUCAUAGUAGGAAAAACACACACAUUCCUGAUUACAUGCAUGGAGAUGGAAAAAUGUGAAACGGCAACAAACAACUUUAGUCCUUGUUUUGUUAUUUUUGUUUUUUGCACCCUAAAUUGAGGCGACCUAUAAAUAUGACUGUCAAAUGGAACAUGGAAGGAAAUGAAAUUGAAUUGUUUACAUUUUUCAUUGUGGGUUUAGAUGGGGAGUGGAGUGGAAAAGUUUGACACCUCUUUGGUGAAGCCUCGCCACUGCACACCUUAUACAGCCUGAAGGGAUCCCAGAGCAUGAUGUCAUUCUUUCAAACAUGAAUUCAAACUGACAUGACUAUAGUGGGGAAAAAACUGAUGCCAUGAAAACUUUUCUGAAGGACGUGACAUUUGCACUUUCUGAUCUUGUUUGAAGGAUGAACUGUACGGGGAAUGCUGAGAACUGUGAAUGAAAGAAGAGCUGUGUGGAAAUAUAUUUUUUCUAUUCUAUUUAUAUGAACUAAUAAUAAUAAU